AUGGUCACUGCAGUUCUACCAACUAUCACUGGGACAACCUUUAAUGAUCAGGUAUACCGUGCGUCUACGUCUUCGGAGUUGACCAUCACACCGGAGCGCGCCAGGAAUGGCCAUUCCAUAAAUAUUGGUGCUUCCACCGCAUCGCCGUCUGCGCGACUUUCCGGUUUUGUUGGCAUGUGCGCUGGCUGUGGUGCACUUGUGGCACUGGUUGUUUUCCUGCCGCUUGCGGCCCAGUUUGAGAAGAUGGGAUUGUCGCCAGCGCAGGCGAUCCAACGCAGCUACUACCUGGUUGCUGUCGUGUCCCUUGUUAUCUGCCUCGUAUGCUCCAUUGGUCUUCGUGAUCUUCCUGGAGAAAAGGGCAAAAAUUGGAGUGCCUUGUGGAAAACAUCUCACCACUGUAAUGACGAAGGUGGAGACGACGAUGAUCUAUCUCUUCAUAGGCCAACAAUGCCAUACUGGAAGCAGUUGGCAACUGCCCUUCAGCUGGGAUUCCGACACCGUAGCAUUGGGCUCGGCUACGUCGGAGGCUUCGUAGCUCGUGCCUCUUCUGUGGCGAUUUCACUGUUCAUUCCUCUCGCUGUCAAUCACUACUAUCGAGUAUCGGGCCUCUGCAACGAGGAACAUGAACCUGUUCCUGGGUCGGGGCUAGGGGAUAUCAAGAAAGCUUGCCCUCGUGCAUACAUUGUCGCAUCUAUACUGACCGGGGUGUCUCAGUUGGUGGCAUUGAUUGCAGCUCCAGCAUUUGGUUACCUGACAGAUAAAUCACGACGAUACAACUUCCCACUUCUUUUCGCAGCGUUCGUGGGAACCAUCGGCUAUAUCAGCUUCGCUAUGCUUCCAAACCCUUUGUUCGAAAGACCCGAUGGCAAUCCGGGGGUGUUUGUUGUUAUGGCUCUGCUUGGAACCAGCCAGAUCGGGGCAAUUGUUUGCAGCUUGGCUGUUUUGAGCAACGGUAUUUUACGAGUCAAUAUUGACAGUGAAACAAUAAGAUCUGAGGAGCGACGCGUCUGUGGGGACGAGAAUGUUGCAGAGCCCGAUGAGGGCCACUCUCUUCUUGCUGGGUCGUUGAACCAGAGAUUGGAGCAUCUUUCCCACCUCAAAGGCUCCAUCGCAGGUGUCUAUUCAUUAUAUGGGGGAGCAGGCAUCCUGCUAUUGACCAAAGUUGGCGGGCUGCUAUUCGAUAUCCUGUCGGCGAGCACACCAUUCUAUCUCAUGGCUGGGUUUAAUGGCGUGCUCCUCGUCCUAGGGAUUGUCUGUGGGGGCAUCAACCACUUCGGAUCCUCGACAGGAAGGGCUUGGUGA